AAACGAGUUAACCCAGUUCCUCUUAACUUUCUUCCCAAAUUUUCUUGCCGCUUUUCCCAAGUUUACGUGGUUGUCUGUAUAUCUCCGGAGAAGUUCUUUAGUAUAACCUAUUCUUUGUGUUCCCCCAUUCGUUACCUAAAUUUCGUUAAGUUUUUGUUCUUUUCAUACCACUCAUAGGGCGAGUGCUCCUAAUAUCUCUCCUUAAUUAAUAAGAGACAAUCAUCAGCCGAGAGCUUUAAGGACUGUUUCUUCCCUUCUCCCCCCCAACCCCAGGUCACAGCGCCUCUGAUCUUUGCCAUCUCCAUUGCUACAAUAGGCUCUUUCCAGUUUGGCUACAACACCGGAGUCAUCAAUGCUCCUGAGAUGAUCAUAAAGGACUUUCUCAAUUACACCCUGGAGGAGACGUUGAGCGACCGUCCCACUGAGGUGUUACUCACUUCCCUCUGGUCCUUGUCUGUGGCCAUCUUCUCCGUUGGUGGUAUGAUUGGCUCCUUCUCCGUUGGACUCUUUGUCAACCGCUUUGGCAGGCGCAAUUCAAUGCUCAUUGUCAACCUCUUGGCUGUCGCUGGUGGCUGCCUUAUGGGGUUCUGCAAAAUAGCCCAGUCGGUUGAAAUGCUGAUCCUGGGCCGCUUGGUUAUUGGCCUCUUCUGCGGCCUCUGCACAGGUUUUGUGCCCAUGUACAUCGGCGAGGUCUCUCCCACUGGCCUCCGGGGGGCCUUUGGCACUCUCAACCAGCUGGGCAUCGUCAUCGGGAUCCUGGUGGCUCAGAUCUUUGGUCUGAAAGUCAUCAUGGGGACUGAAGAGCUUUGGCCCCUGCUUUUGGGCUUCACCAUCAUUCCAGCUGUCCUGCAAAGCGCAGCCCUUCCGUUUUGCCCCGAGAGUCCUAGAUUUUUGCUCAUCAACAGAAAGGAAGAGGAGAGUGCUAGGGACAUCCUCCAGCGAUUGUGGGGCACCCAGGACGUGACUCAGGACAUCCAGGAGAUGAAAGAUGAGAGCACCAGGAUGGCACAAGAGAAGCAAGCCACGGUGCUGGAGCUCUUCAGGUCACGCAGCUACCAGCAGCCCAUUAUGAUUUCCAUCAUGCUCCAGCUGUCCCAGCAGCUGUCUGGAAUCAAUGCUGUGUUCUAUUAUUCAACUGGAAUCUUCAGAGAUGCAGGUAUUGAGGAGCCAAUCUAUGCCACCAUCGGCACGGGUGUACUUAAUACCAUCUUCACUGUUGUCUCUCUGUUUCUGGUGGAAAGGGCAGGGAGGAGGACUCUCCAUAUGACUGGCCUUGGAGGGAUGGCUGUUUGUUCCAUCUUUAUGACCGUCUCAUUGUUACUAAAGGAUAACUAUAAUUGGAUGAGCUUUUUUUGCAUUGGGGCUACCCUGGUCUUUGUGGCCUUCUUUGAAAUUGGCCCAGGCCCCAUUCCCUGGUUUAUCGUGGCCGAACUCUUCAGCCAAGGACCCCGCCCGGCCGCGAUGGCAGUGGCUGGUUGUUCCAACUGGACCUCCAACUUCCUGGUUGGGCUCCUGUUCCCUUCAGCUGCAUUCUAUUUAGGAGCCUAUGUUUUUAUCAUCUUCACUGGCUUCCUCAUUGUCUUCUUGGUCUUGACCUUCUUCAAAGUCCCUGAGACUCGUGGCAGGACUUUUGAGGAAAUCACACGAGCCUUCGAGGGGCAGGCUCGGGAGGCUAACAGAGCUGAGAAUGUCCCCACCGUGGAGAUGAACAGGAUCCAGCCCACGAAGUAAACCCCACCGUCUAAGCCAUGCCUCCUUCCCGCCUCCCUCCCAACAUGGAAAAGCAACCUCUCCCCAGAUGAGGGAGAGACCUCAUCAGCUUGUAACCCAGGACUGUUUCUGAAUGCUGCUACUUGAUUCCUUUCUCAUCCCACAGAGGAACCCAGUGCAGGAGUUAGUUGUAUCUUCAAUGGCUUUCGAAACAUUUCAUUUCUUGGACAUUCUCUUCUGUUUAGGAGAGACCAAGCAAACCUACCUUCAUUUCAGGAGGCAUUGGCCACUUGCCAUCUGACAGCAUUGUCGUCUCUUCCUGCCUUGGGUUCUAAUAGGGCCUCACCAGGGCCAGUAGGGGGGGGGAGUAAGAGUGAGGUGCAGUUUCCCCGACCCCCGACUUCCCAGGAAGCAGAUCUAUGAGUGUGGAGGGCAGAGAGGGAUUACGUAAGAGCACCUCCCUCGCUUCCAUACAGCUCUGCAGAGCAAAUUAACUUGAGUUUUAUUUAUUUUAUCUUCUGGUUUUAUUGCAUAAAUAUUUAUUUUUUUAAGUGUAAAAUAAUUUUAUGAAAUAAAACAGAACGAAAUUGAGGAUGGAGGGAGGCGCUUGAAGAGAGGUUCUAGGGUAGAAGAUUUGAUACUGGAGCGGUCGAGGUGCAAUAAGGGGAAGAUUCAGGGAGAAGUAUAACGUGUUCUCAGAGGGUACAUGAUGGGGUGUGUGAAGUUUGCACAUUGCCUCUUAACCUUCAGGUGGAAACUCUCAAGUUUAAUUUCUCAGAAAAGUGAUGUGCCUGUUUUAAGAAGCUACUGGUUACCUUUAGAACUUUUUUCUUUGCUUAAAAUAAUACGUAGUGUUACUUGAAAUCUAGGGUUAUUAAGAUGGGCAUUAUAGCUAAUGGUGGUGGAUGGGUUCUAAUUUUGGUUGGAGUCCAGAGAAGGGAAGGUUAUUUCUAGAUAUCCUUUGUCCCCUCACUGGACAAAACAACUUCUUCCCCUUAUAGUGGACUCACUGUGGGGGUGGGGGUUAAAGUAUUCCUAAUACCCGCCUGGUGGGAGAACCUUCCAAAUGAGGAACCCAAAAUAGUGGUUCUUGGUAGAGGUUCUGUAUUUCUCCAUUUUGUUCGUUAGGAGAUUUUAGUUGUUGAUAUUUUGUUUUAAGCCAUAGCUUUAAAAGAAUUCAGAGGAGAAUGUUCAUAAACUAACUUGGAAUUUGUAACCUCAGCUCUGGGAGAGGAUUUUUCCUGAACGAUUAUUAUCUAGUUGAAGUAUGUUGUCCCUAAGGGUCAUCGCAUGCUUGUUCUGUUGCCAUAUUCGCAUAGUAUGAUGUCAAGCGCCCUUAGGGGACCAUACAUUUGGGAUAAUGCGAGUAAAUGUGCAGUAUAUCCCACACUUGAGAGAGUAUGAAUGUAUGUACACUGUCACUUUGCUCUGGUGGAAGUAGAUGACUGGUAACUUGUGUCCUUAAUGUACCUACAGCCCCCUUUUGAAUAGAAUGUGUUCAAACU